AUGCAGGAGGAGGGGGCUGCACAAGCAUUUGCUUCUGCCUGUAUACUAGAGAGACAAAUAUUUGACUUCCUUGGCUAUCAGUGGGCACCAAUAUUGGCAAACUUUGUACAUAUCAUUAUUGUGAUUCUUGGAAUAUUUGGAACUGUCCAGUGUAGAACCCGAUAUAUAUCAGGGUAUGCGGUCUGGCUUAUCCUUUGGGUGUCGUGGAAUGUGUUUAUUAUCUGUUUCUAUUUAGAGGCUGGGGGACUUUCUAAGGAAAAAGACCUUAUCCUGACAUUUAAUGUUUCAAUGCAUCGUUCCUGGUGGAUGGAAAACGGACCAGGAUGCUUGGUGACCUCAGUAACGCCUGCACCAAACUGGGCUCCUGAAGACCACCGUUAUAUCACAAUCUCUGAGUGCUUGCUAGAGUACCAGUUUAUAGAAGUUGCACAUAGUUCUCUUCAGAUCUUUUUUGCACUUGCUGGGUUCAUCUAUGCCUGUUAUGUUCUGAAAUGUAUCUCUGAAGAAGAGGACAGUUUUGAUUUCAUAGGUGGCUUUGACUCCUAUGGUUAUCAGGGGCCUCAGAAGACAUCUCAUUUACAGCUGCAGCCCAUGUAUAUGCUUACAGAGGUGUGUCCCUCUCUGACAAUACAGCUGUAGGAGUUACCCCUAUCAUCCAGUCAAAAUAAACCAGCAAAUGAUUUACCUAUACAUUUAAGGACCAUUCCUUAUCCUUUCUGAUCGAGACUUUCCUUUGGAUUAUAUCAUUGAUGUACUAGUACUCAUAUUAUCCUGGACGAGUAACCAGACUGAGCCUUUUCCUCACAGUGCACAGGUGGAUACAGUCCCAGAAACAAAUAUUCUAUUUUCAUGAAGACUGCAUCUAUAUACGAUAACAGGUGCAUUGGCGCCCUCUCCUGGAAGUCUUUGUUUUGUUACUUUUUGUUUUCCUUUUUCUUUUAACAACUGAACCUGCCUUUUUUUUAGUUAUGACAUCUUGUUUGCAAAAUUCACUCACUCUAAGAGAUUUUGAUGCAGUGAUAUCUCUGAACAUCAAUGACUGUGAAUAAUACUAUAAGUGCCAUAAAGACCCCUGAGAACAAGGCAGUGGGAUGAAUUAGGUUGUUUUGUGCAGGCGGUCUAUACAGAACUUCAUGUGCCUGUACUUUGCCUUAAUAACCCAGCCAAAAUGUGAUUGUCAAAUGAGGACACAGCAGGAGCCAUUUGUCAGGGUCCUGUGUAAAACUGUCAUCAUACUUUCACAUGUCCCUGGAACGACUUCUGGGGACCUGCUCAGCUGAUUGGACAACAUUUUUGGUGUGACUUUUGUGCUUUCAUGUUAAACCUCCAUAUUGACCACAACGUUUGUAUCUUUAGGGAAAGAAAUGAGUGAAAAGAGCUGCUUUAAGGACCAUAAUGACAUAAAGAAUUGUCCUUAUGUCACAGCUCUGUGAUAUGUUAACGCAGUUGCCACUAUCCUUGUCCUUAAUAUGAUCAAACUGGCCAAAGUGCAAUGAUAACAUCAUGCAAUACAAUGCCCCAUCUCAUUAUCUGUAAAGACUUAUAUUCAGCAUUUUUUGAUAGCAUGAUUAGGAGGUUCACCUAUAUUUUUCCGUUCUGUUAAUAUUAUAUUGAACUUGAAGCCUAUAGGGAUAACCUCUCCAAACAUAGUAAGGUUAUUCCUGAAAUCCUGUUUGCACUUUGGGAGCAUUUGCUAAUGCAUUUCUUGCACUCUGACACCAAAAGAGUUACAAAUGAGGGCAAAUGUCUUACAGAAAUAAUAUACGUACAUUAUAAUACAGAGCAUUAGGAGUAAAGUAGAUGUUUAGUCAUUAUCUUUUUCUUUUGUUGGUAUUUUUUUAUGUAACUAGUCUUUUACAGAAAAAACUUAGGGAACCUCAGCAGAUUUCUAUAUAUGCUAAGACCAACUCAACAUUUAGAACUAAUAUUUUAUAACUAAGUUUGAUGUAUAAUAUAGUGUAUCUCAGUUGGGUUUAUUCACAUUUCAUUCUUUUUACAGUGAAUAGUCGAACAUUUUUGUGAUGUCUGGGGGAAUUUGUUAGUGCUUUAGAAUGACUAUUUUAAAUUCUUAUAUUCCUGUGAUUAUUAAAAAAAAUAAUAAUUAUAAUAUUUAGCUGUCAAGAUUGUGUUUUGGGGGUUAAUUAGCAGGCUGUGUUUACAAAUUGUUGAUAAAAUAUUUAAUUUAAUUGAAAAGUAUCUUGGAUAAAGGAUAUUUCUUCAGAUACUUAGUUUAACACUCUUGCCCUAUCUGUAAUUUGGAACAAAACUUUAUUAAUAAAUGUUAUGCUAAUUGAGGUUGAUACACAAGAAUUAAAGGGACAUGAAAACCAAAAUUUUUCUUUCAUCAUUUAGAUAGAGAAUGUUAUUUUAAACAACUUUCCAGUUUACUUCUAUUAUGUAAUUAGCUUCAUUCUUUAGAUAUCCUUUUUUGAAGAAAUAACAAUGCACAUGGGUGAGCCAAUCGCAUGAGGUAUAGAUGUGCAGCCACCAAUCAGUACCUACUAAGCAUAUUUAGAUAUUCUUUUCAACAAAGGAUGCCAAGAGAUUGAAGCAAAUUAGCUAAUAGAAGUAAAUUUGAAAGUUGUUUAAAAUUGCAUGCACCUUUUAAAUCAUGAAAGAAAAAAAUUUGGAUUUCAUGUCCCUUUAAUUUUUAUUGGGGAAAAGUAUAUGUACAUGUGUUGCUCUUCCUUAAAGGGACAGCAUACUAUAAAAUUGUUUUUCCCUUAAUAUGUAUCCAAUUACAUUUUUUACCAGAUUCAGAGUAUAAAAUUUAUGAGAUUUGCUUUUUUAAGGUUUAUUUGUGUAUAUGAAUUAGCUGAUUUUGUGUUUUUAAGCCACAACCUAAUAAAAUGGGUUGAGCUUGUAGAUAUAACCAGAUCUCAUUACUUUAUCACAUUGUGUUCAUAUACCUGCUUCUUUAUCUUAUAUCUGUCCAUAAACCAAUCACCAAUACUUGGAGAGAACAAUGGAAAAUUAACAUUUUAUUACCUUAUCUCUUCUAUACCCCACUGGGAGUGUAAUUUCUUCUACUGGUUGUGUUAACACAGCUUGGACUUGAGGCCAAAAACUUUCAGGAUAGGUUGGGAUACCACAGGCUAAAUCAACUAUUUCAAAUGCCAAUAUAAGGGUAAUGGAAAUACUCGUAAACAAUUUAAUACACUCCAGCAGGUAAAGUGGAUCAUUGUGAACAAAUUAAAGGGGAGGACAUUUUUUGAGUAAACUGUCCCUUUAAGUUUUACCCAAUUUAAAGUACAAGAUUUGUUUCGUUAUAUUAUUCUGGAAAAAAAGGUAACAAUUGACAAUUUUAUAUUAUUUAUAUGUGAAAAUUUUCAACAAACAUAUACUAUAUAACUGGAAAACACAAAUCCCUAAAAUGUAUCCCAGAAUAAAUAUUAUGGUCUUUAAAAUAAGAUUUUGAUUUUUUUUUUUCCUUAAUGUUAAUUCUAGGAUACAGUAAAAAAAAAAGUGUUCUUGUUAUGCAAAAAUGGUUUCUGUCAGCAUAAACAAAUAAUUUGUUAAAAUUGGAAAGAUUGUCUUCCAGAUUUAUUUUUUAAAACGGAAAUAAAUUAAAUAAUUUCUCUUAAUUCCAAAGAUGCAAAUGAGCCUUAUGUCAUAUCAGUCUUUGGUUUGGAAGCACAUACCAUCAUUUACAUACUAGAGAUACAGACACCAAUUAGCACUCAUACAAUGGGAUUUGUGCUUUCUUUCUUUUAACAUGAAAAAAAAAUCAAAAAGGUUGAAUGUAAAAUCCAUUAUGAAGAGGUUACAUUAUUGACCAGUUAAAUAAUUCACCAGAGGAAUAAAAAUUCUUAUUAAAUUCA